AUGGUGAAGCAGAGGCGUGCAAAGCGCGACUCCGAUCAGGUCUUGACGUUCGACCCGGCAAGCAGGCAGUCUUUCCUUGCCGGUUUUCGCAAGAGGAAGCAGGAUCGCCGGAAGUGGGCCGUGCGUGAGAUACUUGAGAAAGAGCGACAGGACCGCAUUGAAGCGAAGAAGGACCACAGGCAGGACGUGAAGCAACGCUGGAAGGACCUCCAGCGGGCGGAAAAGCGGGUGGAGGCGCUCCUGGGCCCGGCAGAGGAGGUUGGCUGGCUCGGAGACCUCCGUUCUGAAAAGCUCAAAGACGAGGAGGUUCCCGUCACUGUUGCCUUCGAAGCAGAGGAAGACGAUCCCUUUGGAGACUGCGAAGUUACAACUACCAUCGCGGGAGUGUCUGAUGGGGCUGGUCGGCACCUUCCUCUGGCCUUGGUUGGGAAGAGUGGCAACGCACUUUCCGUUCUUGGAGGACAGGCCGGACUCCUCCGAGACUUGACAGGUAUCCCACAGGAGGACCCGCAAGCCAGAUCGAAGAGGCGGUUCAUCUCAAGCGAGAAAGAGGAGAGUCGCCGUCAGACAGCUCUGGACAAGACCGUGUCGAAAAAGCUAAACACCAAGAACCAGGGCCCCAAGAAGAAGAGCAAGCGGGCCAAGGGCUCCAAGGGAGGCAAGC